UGGACCGUGGUUAGCCGAGGGUACUGCUUUAAUGCAAUAAGGUUAGGUUGGUUUAGUGGCCAUGGCGACAUCCUGAGUCUGUUGGUGGCCAGAUUGAAAAUAAGCGAGUUUGAACGGAGUGUGACCACGCUGGUCAAGAUGAGGGGCCUGUAUUGCCAAUUGGCAGGAUCUAAUGAAGAUAUGAAGUUUGUGUUUCAAGAUAAGGAACCUCCUUCUAGUAUAUAUGAUCAUUAUAUCAAAAUACAGGUUAAAGUUUGUGCAUUCAGCCCUGUGAACACAAAGCUGCUGGCUGAGUUAAAAAUGCAGAAAAAUUUCUUACCAAUUGGAAGAGAAGUUGCUGGCAUAGUUAUUGAGGUUGGACCAAAAGUGAGUUUCUUUAAGCCAAAUGAUGAAGUGGUUGGUAUUCUUCCCUUGGAUUGCACAGAGUCUGGGUUCUCGGAUACAUUGUUGAUUCAUGAGCAUAGUCUUGUACCUAAACCAGAAAAUGUGAGCUGGGUGGAUGCUGCAGGGACUAUUCGUGAUGGAUUACGUGCAUAUAUGGCUCUGCAUACACUCUCCCAUGUUAGUGCUGAAACAACGGUUCUAGUAAUGGACGGAGCAAAUCCAUUUGGCACUAUUGUUAUUCAAUUGGCUCAUCAUAGAGGUGCAAAACUAAUUUCUACUGUGCACAGCAAUGAGGACAAAAAGUAUUUGGAAGGAUUAAGGCCAACAGUUGGCAUUCGACAACCUUUGGUAGCCAGGGUAAUCAAUUUGUCGGACAGCAAGGUUGACCUUGUAGACAGCUGUUUGGAAGAAACAGGUGGUCUAGGCGUGAACAUUGUGGUGGACUGUGGAGUGCAGCUCUACAGCAAGGAAGAUGAGUUUGCUGCCAAAAAACAUCUCCCACAUAAACAUGACAUCAUCAGUCUUCUAGCUGUUGCAGGUCACUGGAUAACAACAGAAGAGGAUCUACAGCUGGAUCCACCUGACAGUCGACUUCUGUUUUGCAAAGGAGCAAGUAUUUCAUUUCUGAAUGAAGAAGUGUGGCAACUAUCAUAUAUGCAGCAAGGGAAGUAUCUGCAUAUUUUGAAGGAUGUGAUGGAGAAGCUAUCCAUCGGAACAUUCAGGCCUCAGUUGGAUGAACCCAUUCCAAUAUAUGAAGCCACUGUUGUCAUGGAGAUGGUUCAGAAGAACAAAGUCAGAAAAAAACAAGUCGUUCAGCUCUGAAAUGGUGUCAUGAUAACUAAAUCCUGUAAACAGCUAAAAGAUUUGUGCUGUCUUCAGAAGUAUCAGUGUUCUGGGGCAAAUGCUUCAGAUCCACUUGAGUGAUUUUGCAUUUAAAAUAUUUUGCUCCCCAUUUAGAUUAAGUUGUUUGGUAUUGAAAAGCUCUCCAAUUACUAUGAUAAGAUUUGCUUUUUUCACAUAAUUGACCUCGGGACUAAUGCAAAUUAUUUCAUAAAGAUUCUGGGCUCCAAUAUCUGAAUAGUUUUUUUCUCAUUUUAUUUUACACAUUUGGUGCUAUCUGUAAUCUCUUAUCAGUUUGCUGCAGCACCUUUUCAACAGCAGAAUGGUUAAUAAUGGGUCCAUAGAGUUGUGAUUGUUAAAAUGCUUCCACUCUUUUUAUUAGGUACAAAUAAUUGAGGACGCAGUCAAGAUAAGGAUGUGGAUAAAUGGCUUAAUAGUGGUUUGCUCCACUGAUGGAUCUUGCAAACUUUGCCAGAAAAUAAAUAUAGUAUUUUUAGAUAAAAGGAUUUCAAUAACACUGUCAAUUGAACAUCAGCUUCAUAAGUCUGAAACAACUACUGAAUUUACUAGUGAAUCCUGUAUUUGAGAGAUGGCUCUGCAGCACUUUGUCAUUAAUAUCUCUUGAACAAAAGUUAACAUUGAAACCAAAACCGAUAAAUAAUCUGGAUUUGGUUGUAUACAGGAAUACUUCUAGAAACAUAGAAAAUAGGUGCAGGAGUAGGCCAUUCGGCCCUUUGAGCCUGCACUGCCAUUCAGUAUGAUCAUGACUGAUCAUCCAACUCAGAACCCUGUAUCUGCUUUCUCUCUAUACCUCCGAUCCCUUUAGCCACAAGGGCCAUAUCUAACUUCCUCUUAAAUAUAGCCAAUGAACCGGCCUCAACUGUUUGCUGUGGCAGAGAAUUCCGCAGAUUCACCACUCUGUGAAGUUUUUCCUCAUCUCAGUCCUAAAAGGCUUCCCCUUUAUCCUUAAACUGUGACCCCUCAUUCUGUUCCACUUGCAAUGUAUCGCAUAGACCUGGAGAUUUGAAAUCAUUCUCUCGUGGGCUAAAGCAAUUCUAUCAGCCCAACACAGUAAGCCUGCUUGCAAGAGUUUGUCUGUGUCAAUAAAAUCUGAUGCAUUGAAUUCUGUACGAAAAAAAGCGUUGGCUCCUUUUUUAUUGUUAACAUUGUUUUCCAGAACAGUGGCUGAAUCAAGGACGAAACACAAAACAACUUUGAGUAAAUGCAUAAAUCUAACAUCAACAUUUGCUCAUGGCCCAGCUAUUGUAAGAAGGCUGCUCAAUAGCUAUCCUCGGUUUUAGCUGGAUAUGACUUCUCAUAUCUUUUCUCCAUUGCUGUCACAGAAUAUCGAACAGCCAUAACACCUGGUGAUCAUGAUGCCAAUUUAAACUACAAGACCAUAAGAUAUAGAAGCAGAAUUAGUCCAUUGAGUCUACUCCAUCGUUUAUCAUGGUUGAUCCAUUUUUCCUCUCAGGCCCAAUCUCCUGCCUUCUCCCCAUAUCCCUUCAUGCCCCAACCAAUCAAGAAUCUGUCAACCUCUGCCCUAAAAAUAUGUAAAGACUUGCCCUCCACAGCUGCCUGUGGCAUUAAUUCCACAGAUCCACCACUCUCUGGCUUAAGAAAUUCCUCCUCAUCUCCAUUCUAAGCUAUUCACAUUUAUUUGAUUAUGUUCUAUAUCCUUCCCUUGGAGCCCUGUUCGUGUGCCUGUUUAAAAUGCCUCCUAAACAUUGCUAUCAUAUCUGCUUCCAUCAUCUCUCCUGGGAAUAUAUUUCAGGCACCUAUCUCUUCGUGUUUCUUAAAAAAAACUCAUCUCCUUUUUGACCUUACCCUCUCAGCUUAAAGCUACUCUCUCCACUAUAUGACAUAGAAACAUAGAAAAUCUACAGCACAAUACAGGCCCUUUGGCCCACUAAGUUGUGCCAAACAUGUCCCUACCUUAGAAAUUACUAGGCUUACCCAUAGCCCUCUAUUUUUCUAAGCUCCAUGUACUUAUCCAAAAGUCUCUUAAAAGACCCUUUUGUAUCUGCCUCCACCACCGUUGCCGGCAGCCCAUUCCACGCAGUCACCAUUCUGAGUAAAACACUUACCCCUGACAUCUGCUCUGUACCUACUCCCCAGCACCUUAAACCUGUGUCCUCUUGUCCUCAGCCCUGGGAAAAAGCCUCUGCCAUUUCCACUCUGGAGAAAAGACAUCCCCUCACCACCCCACAAUGACCUCCAGAGAGAGAAAACAAUCCCAGUUUAUUUAACUUCUCCUUAUAGCUGGUGCUCUUUAUCCAGGCAGAAUCCUGGUGAGCCUUAUCUUCACCUUUUUUUUAAAACCUCCUCUUCCUUUGAUACAGCAACAAAAACUCCCCAGAAUACUCUACAUACAGCCUACUCAAAGAGUUAUACUGCUACUUAAUAUGCCAAAUGCUGAAGUCAAACUUUACAUCUGCUUUCUUUGCCACCCUAUCGAUUUCCAGUGUAAGUUCAUUGUCAUUGAACCAAACACAGGUGUAUAUAUAGCUAAGCGAAACAUCAUUCCUCUGGGAACAAGGUGCAUAACACAGCACGUAGUCAUACACAACACAUAUAGUUACAAUCCAGCAUAUACAGACACAAAGUAAUACUAGCACAAAUCCUUGAGUGGCAUUGCCUGGAUGUUGAUAGGUUGGUUAAUAAUGUCUAACAGGGUCUUACUAUCAUAAGAAAAAUAUGUAAGAAAAAUAUUUGCACCAUUUGUUAGAGCCAGAAAGGCUGCUAUUUUGCCAAUCUGCUUGUGUUAUCACUUUCAGGGAGUAAUGAACCCUGCAGUACCCAACUCAAGUACAUGUCCAGGCACUGUUAGGUCUUUUGACUCCACCAUCCUUUCAGUCAGUGAAUUCCAGACCCUACCAUAUGUUGAGUGAUACAUACUUUUUAUCACCUCCAUUUUGAUCCCUAUAACACUUACAAAAUUCAGAUAUGGAAUAAAUUUAUGCAUGUUAAUUAAAUCUCUAUUCCAAAGAAAGCAAUCUUGUCUUAUCCAGUCUUUUCUUGUAACUACAGUUUUCCAGCCCUGGCAACGUCUUUGAAGGAGUCCCUAAGGUAACUCCUGCAACAACUCUGGUGUCAAACUGUAUCAGUCUCUGCCAUUCUUUCAGAAUCAUCAGCUGCAUGGAAUUUGUUCUCCAUUUUGUAUUGCCCUGGCUUGUGCAUCAUCUACAUCCAUGGUUGACCUCAACCAACAGUGGGCCUAAAGUGUCUUUGAAGAUUAUAUGCAAUUAGUUCUUCUCUAUAACACAAUGGUCAGUACUCUGUUCUUGCUAAUGAGUCUUGUAUGAAAUUCUAGCAUAGUUCCCAGCUCUUAUAUUAAAGGAUCCUGUGUACCCUUUCAAGCUCUUUAUUGACCUGUACUUUAAGGUCCAUCUGUUCCCCCAUCCAAUAGUCUCCUGUUUAUUCCCUGGAUUUGUCAUCUCAUAAAUGUAUGGCCAAUUAUUUUCCUGGAUUAAAUUACUAUUUAUAUUUUUCUGCCCAACUAAUCAGACCAUCAAUACUUUCUAUAGAUGUGGUGUCAAGGUAUUUGGAUGAACAUGAUAAAAUUGGACAAAAUUAGGAUGGUUUCCUUAAGGAGAAAUCUUGCCUGAUAAAUCUGUUGGAAUUCUUUGAGGGAACAACAGACAGGAUAGACAAAGGAGAGUCAGUGGAUGUAGUGUACUUGGAUUUGCAGAAGGACUUUGACUUAAAGUGUUGCACAUGAGGCUGCUAAACAAGGUAAGAGCCCCUGGUAUUACAGGAAAGAUACCAGCAUGAAUGGAAAAUUGGCAAGGAGCAAAGAAUGGGAAUAAAGGGGGCCUUUUCUGGUUGGAUGCAGGUGACUAAUGGUGUUCUACAGGGGUCAGUGUUAGGACCACUUCUUUUCAUGUUAUUUGUUAAUGAUUUUGAUGGUGGAACUUAUGGCUUUGUGGCCAAGUUUGCAAAUAAAGGGAUAGGAAUUAGUGUUGAGGAAACUGCAGAAGAACUCCGAUAGAUUAGGAGAAUGGGCAAAAUAAUGGCAAAUGGAAUAUAGUGUCAGGAAGUGUACUUUGGUUGAAGGAAUACUGGCAUAGACUACUUUAUAAGUGGGGAGAAAAUUCAAAAAUCAAAGGUGCAAAGGGACUUGGGAAUCCUUAUGCAGGAUUCCCAAAAUGUUAAUUUGAAGGUUGAGUCAAUAGUCAAAAGGUAAAUGCAAUGUUAGCUUUCAUUUCAAGAGGGCUAGAAUAUAAAAGUAAGGAUGCAAUUCUGAGGCUUUAAAAGGCACUGGUCAGUCUGCACUUCAAGACUGAUAAUGUCAUUCUCAGUACACAAGUGUAAAGGAGAACAAAAUAAGUGUAACUCUGGAUCCGAUGUAGCACAAAAAAAAACACAAUAAUGAUAAAAAAUACAAUAAACAUAAAUGCAUAACAUAGCUUAUGUACAUACCUUGAUUGUAUGUCUACAAAGUGACGCUAGGCACAGGAGCAUUGGUACAUAAUGAGACUCCGACAAAAAAUGAUAAAGUAGUGGUGGUGGGGGGUGUAAGUUGAUAGGUGUUGAUCAGCCUUACCGCUUGGUGAAAGUAACUCUUGAGUCUGGGGAAUCUGGCGUGAAUGCUACACAGCUUCCUCCCUGAUGGAAGUGGGACAUACAUGACCAAGAACAGGGUGGGUGUGAUCCUUCAUAACGUUACUGGCCUUUCUCUAGCAUCUUUCUGUAUAUAUGUCCUUGACGGCAGGUAGGCUGGUGCCAGUGAUGCCUUGGAAUACUGUGUGCAAUUUCGGACUUCUUAUCUAAGAUGUCUAGCAUUGUAGCAGGUCCAGAGGAGGUUCACAAGAAUGAUGCCUGGGAAUUAAAGGAUUAAUAGAUGAGGAGCAUUUGAUAGUUCUGGCCUGUACACACCGGAAUUUAGAAGAUGGGGCGGGGGGGGGGGG